GGUGGAGUACACCCCAGUGUUUCCCCUAGGGCUGCUAGUUUUGGUUGGAUGUAUUCCUGGAGAUUUCAUCACAUGACAUAAUCUUUAAUUCUUGGAGACUCCAGGCUAAUCCUGGAGGGCUGGCAACCCUAAUUUACCCCCUAUGUACUAUUGUAGUAAUCUUUAUACAAAAUAUAUCUUGUAAGCUAUCACUUGAAAAUCCAUAACUUGCUGUUUAGUAAUGGCCUGGUGAACUAGGUAUGGCAAGAUGACUGCAGAAUUUAGUAAUCUUUUGAUUCUAAAGCAAUCUUCGUACGUAUUUUCAAAUAAUGGCAUUAUACUACUAAAGAUUGAGCAAUCAUCUCUGUAUCAUUUUACACAGUUAAUUUAUUAUUCAUUGUACUGGAUGAGAUGGCAGAACAGAAGGAAAUUGGAAAACAAUACACUAGAAGCUGGGUGGUGAUGACCGUACUGAUUCUCUUCUCCAAGUAAAAUGUAACUAGGCUUUAAACAAAGGAGUUAGACUUUAAGUUUUGCUAUGUGAUCAUUCAAUUACUAAAAUAUUUUAACAUGGGUAUGAGGGUUGGAAACUGCAGUUGAUAUAGGGUUUUUUAUUAUUAUUAAUGCUAUACUAUGUUUGCUGCUGCUACCAAAAACUUCGUUAAGCAGGUUGGUGACGGUGGGAGAUUAGUCCCUGUUCCUAGCCUCAGUGAAGCUGACAAAUACCAACCUCUGAGUCUUGUUAUUAAGAAGAGAAAAUGUUUUCUUUCAAAAAAAUCUAAAUUUGCUUCGACACCUUUCACCCUAAAAGACAUUCUUCAGGGAGAGAAAGAAAUUUCAGCUGGUGUUUCAUCCUAUCAGCUGUUGAAUUAUGAAGACAAAUCAGAUGUUUCACUCUAUGGUAGACGAGGAAAUCAAAUAAUGAGUGACGUUGGGGUCAAUAUUGCUGGAUCAGAUUCUAUUGCAGUAAAAGCUUCAUUUGGUAUAGUGACCAAACAUGAGGUUGAAGUACCAACAUUACUUAAAGAACUUACUACUAGAAAAAUUAACUUUGAUCACUGCCUAGUCCGACAAUCAAGAGAAAGUAGGAAAGAGGUUCUGUGUGUGGUCAUGGAAAGUAUUAGAACAACACGGCAAUGCUCAUUAUCUGUGCAUGCUGGUAUGCGUGGGGAAACAAUGAGGGUAAAUAUAGACUUCUUUAACUAAUAAAAUGGAUGGUAGGGACUCGUAUUCUUAUUGUAAGGACCUGUGACCAGAUUUUAAUUGCAUUUACACUGGUGUAAAUCCAGAGCAAUUCCAAUGUAAGUCAAUGGAAUUGUACUGAUGUAAAUUAAAUUAAACUCUGACCCUCUCUCUGCUUUUCAGAUCUAGAGAAAACUAUGCCAGUAUAGGAUAUUGGGGUAAAAUCUUGGUUCCACUGAUGUCAAUAGCAAAACUUGUAUUGACUUCAUUGGGGCCAGGAUUUCACCCCAUUCUAUUAAUAUAAUAUUGGAAUAGGCCAUAUACCAUAAUUAUGCUAUGUGUGUUGUGCUCUCCAUAUUGACAUUUUUUUAUUUUAAUAAACUAUAAUUAAAAACAUUACUAGGAGAACUUGGUUGUCAGACUUGUACACUUUUUCAUAUUUUAAAAUUACCAGUCUUAUGGGUAACAAGUACUGUUGUUUUGCUCACACAGGGCCUUAUUUUUUUUUAAACACAUGAAAAACUGUUCAUGUAUAUGAAGCUUUUAUGGUAUUUUAUAUAGGGGAGCAUCUUACAUUGGUUGUUUUACAUAAAUAUAAAUGCAGAUUCUACAAUUAGAAAAAUUGGUUGCAAGCCAGAUUCUGCAUGAGGCAGAAGGGGACAGAUCACUUAAAAAGAAUGCAGAAAGAAGGAAUUAGCUAGUUCUAAUUUAAUUUCCCCAGUCAUGCAAUUUACCAUUUAUUAAUAGCUAAUGGAAGUUAAUACAGUGUUAUUUAUAGUUAUAUAGGACUAGGGUGGUUAGAUGGCCUUGUUUGCAGUGAUUAGGUACAGUCUUGUUCUAGUGAAAUCCCAGUCAGUUCUAGUGAAAUCUGUCCCAGAUUCCUUAGAACUGGCUUUGUAGCCAUUCUGUAAGCUACCAGGGCAUGGGCAGCCUACCUUGUGGAUGGAGGAGGACCUUGCCAGUUGGUUAUGGUGGCAAUUCAGGUGAUAAGUGAAGAUCCAGGGAUCAGGCACCAGUCUAAGGAUGAAGCUAGAGUCAGAAUCAAGGGGCCAAACUGAAGCUGAGAACUGGAGUCAGAAUCUUAAGACAAAGGGUAAGCUGGAAUUGUAGUCAGGGACAUAGCAAAGAGUUGGAACUAGAAGUUAGAAACCAGAAUGGAACAGGGAGACUGGGGAUGAAGCAGGUAUAGGCUGGAGCUGGAGCAAGAACGGGCUGGGAAGCAGGGCAGGGCUUGGCGCCUGGACUGGAGGGUGAGAGCAGAAUAAGCACGGCUGUGGGUGUGAUAUGCAUUGAGCAGCCACCAUGUAGUGGCUGCAAGGUUCAAGUAGCAAACUGUUGGCUCCUCUGCCCAAUCAGGAAGUGCAACUGUUUGGAAGGGGCUCAUUGGGCCUAUCUGAACUUGCUGGGUUGCCUAGCGACCAGGCUGGGAGCCAGCUGUGUCCCUGACACAUCCAUCAUAAUAACAGUAAUAAUAAUAAUACAUGUGUCCUCUCCCUUCCCAGUCUCUGCUGUUGGGUUAAUUGAGUCUGAAUGUACUGCUUCUAAAAGAUGCUAAUUCCUCGUUUAAAAAUGGACCAGCUACAGUGCUAUAGAUGAGAAGGUGCAAUCUGGAAUGAAAUUAUUAAAUUAAAAGGAAAACUCCAUAAGAAAACAGCUGGCAGACAGAAAGGUGGAAGAUUAGUGCUUAGGAUCAGCACAACUAAGUUUGAGAGCUGAUUUGGAUAGUGUUUGGAUAGUGUGAUAUUUACAGUUACAGACGCUCCCCAGGUUACACAAGACCCGACUUACGCAAAUUCGCACUUAUGGAAAAAGUUCCAUAAGCCAGAUAUAGGAUUUUCAAGUUGUGGAAAUUUUUGCGUAACGUAUGAGUAUACAUUUCCGACUUAUGCAAAAUUCGAGUUACGCAAGGCUUUCCGGAAUGCAACGAUUGGGUGAGUCGGGGGGUGUCUGUACUUCUUUAAAUUUGAUUUGAAGACAUUUUGAUGUCAGUCUUACCUAUUCACUUUCAGUUGGCACCAACUGCACUCUUCUUCACUCCCAUACAAAGAAAAUCAUAGCCUAGGUGAAAAAUAUGAUCAAAAUUUCCUCCUGAUUCCAGAAAGGGAGAACAGGGAAAAGAUUCAUAGAUUCAUAGAUUCUAAAACUGGAA